AGCAGCUAAUUUUCUUUAUCACCAAGGAAGGAAUCGCCCUCUAACUCAUUCAUUUCUACUCUCUGAUCCAAAAAAACAGAGAAAGAAAGAUCAUUGGAACUGUCUAUGGCUCUAUCAAUGCGACAGCGGCGUCCACUACCGUCCGAUUUGACGUCUUCGUCGGAAUCAUACACGAAGGCUGAUAAACCUGUGAGAUCGAAUAGCAGCGAAGAGGAGGAAAAGGGAUUAGGAUGGUUCUUGCCUCUAUUUGCUUUGGUAAUGCUAAGAUACAUGAGUGCUACAUCAAACAUCAUACAUGAUUGUGAUGAGGUUUUUAACUAUUGGGAGCCUCUCCAUUAUCUUCUCUACAAGUCUGGCUUCCAAACGUGGGAAUACAGCUCUCAGUUCGCUCUUCGGUCUUACUUGUAUAUUAAUUUCCAUGAACUAGUGAGUUUACCAGCUUCUUGGCUGUAUGCAGAGGACAAAGCAAGAGUAUUCUAUGCAGUAAGACUGUUUCUUGGUCUCAUUUCUGUUGUUGCUGAUGCCACUCUGGUAGUUGCACUUUCUAGGAAGUAUGGCAAACGUCUUGCGUCUUAUACACUUGCCAUGCUAUGCUUAACAAGUGGUUGUUUCUUUGCUAGUACAAGUUUUCUGCCAAGUUCAUUCUCUAUGUAUGCCAUGAGUCUUUCUUCGGGGUUAUUUCUUCUUGAGAAACCUGCUACGGCUGUUGCUGUUGCAGCUAUUGGGGUCAUCCUUGGUUGGCCAUUCUCAAUCUUGGCUUUCCUGCCAAUUACAUUCUACUCUUUGGCUAGAAGAUUCAAAAAAACAUUUUUAGCUGGUGCACUCACUUCUCUUGUACUUCUUGUACUCUCAGUUCUUGUUGACUAUCAUUACUACAGAAGGUGGACGUCUUCUGUUCUGAAUCUUUUGGUAUAUAAUGUCUUAGGAGGUGGUGAGAGUCAUUUAUAUGGGAUUGAAGGGCCAUUAUUUUAUCUGAGGAAUGGUCUUAACAAUUUUAACUUUUGUUUUGUUCUGGCACUGCUCUUUCUUGUGAUUUUACCAAUUGCAAGGAGAAAGUAUGCGCCGGACUUGCUGAUUGUGGUGUCACCUCUUUAUAUUUGGCUAGGGUUUAUGUCUUUGCAGCCCCACAAAGAAGAAAGGUUCCUUUAUCCAAUAUACCCUCUUGUUUGUGUUGCUGCAUCUGCUGUCAUUGAAAGCUUUCCCGAUCUUUUCCGAGACAAAUAUAAUCCCUAUGACAAUUCUCUAAUGGUUAAGAUAGCAAAAGCUCUCAGACCUGUGGUUCUUAGCUUUAUAUUAUGUGCAUCCCAUGCUCGUACAUUCUCUCUGAUUAACGGUUAUGGUGCUCCUAUCGAGGUUUACAAAAUUUUGGAGCAUCAUGAUGAUGUAGGACCAGGUUCUGUGCUUUGUGUUGGAAGUGAAUGGCACCGUUUCCCUUCAUCAUUCUUUGUUCCUGAUUAUGUCAGUGAAAUCCGUUGGAUUGAUGAUGGGUUCCGAGGUCUCCUUCCCCUUCCGUUCAAUUCUACCUUGGGUGGUACUGCAGCAGCUCCUCCAUAUUUUAACAAUAAGAACAAGGCAGCAGAUGAGCAAUAUCUCCGCGAUAUCGAAACUUGUACAUUCCUAGUUGAGCUUCAUCUUAAUCGACCCUACCCUUCUCGCGGAAGUGACUUGUCAACUUGGGAGCCUAUUGCAGCAUUUCCUUAUCUAGACAGGGAGCUCUCACCUCCCAUGUACAGAUCAUUUUUUAUCCCAUAUAUGUGGCAAGAGAAGAAUGUUUUUGGCAUGUACAAGCUACUCAAAAGAAUACCAAAAUGACAAUGCAUUAUGUUUUGCAUAGUGGGAUAGUUUUAGCUCCAAGUUUUGAUUUCUACCAGCUGUUCAUAGCCAAAUUGAUCCCAAAAGCAGAGGAAUUUCCUGUUGUAAGAACUCUAGUUCUUUCCCCCUGCUUUUUAUUUUCAUUUUUUUUUUCCUUCUGUAGCAAACUUAGGUUGAUUAGUGUGUGAUCUUUGCUUGUAGUCCUUGAGAUUUUAUUGUACCAAUAUAAUUUUUACUGUCAUUUUAGCAUUACAGUUAGAUUUUUCAUACAAA